AUGCAAUCCGCCGUAUUACCUUCCUUUGACAAUUCCACGGGAUUCAUUGCUAGCAGCACUGGUUUGCUGUCGUUGGCCUUGUUUUUACGUUACAUUUAUCGACGCUUUACAUCACCGAUGGCUCACGCGCCAAUCGCUUCUGCGGAUAAUUUCUGGACGUCCUAUCUCGGGCUUGUCCCACCACCAAGUGAUACAGAAGAAAUAGAUCAUUUAUCGCGUAUGUUGAUCCAAAUCGGUCAAGAUCCCCGUCAAUCGCCUGUCAGCGUAUGCUGGUCCGUUACCGGUACACCACUUGUAUUUGUAAACACACUCAAAGGAAUCAAGGACGUCCUGGUUGACGGUCAAACCAAACCAAAGGCAAAAGGAGCCACCCCCAAUGUCCAACGUGGUGAUCUGAUUCGCAAAAUUCAAAAUCUUGUGUUUGGAGGAAAAAGUAUCAAUAACACUGUAGGCGAGGAGUGGCGCUGGAGACGACACAUCCUCUUGCCACCUUUUCAGCCACGCCAACUGGUCCCGAAUCUGUUGCCUUAUGUUGCCAAGCGAGCAGGCCAGUUGAUGCUUACCUUUCAAAAAAGCGCUCACCAAAGGACAGCCAUCGAACUGGAUGAAGUAUUCAUGGACAUGACAAUGGAUGUCAUUAAUUAUUAUUUGUACGGACGAAGUGAUUUGAACUAUGAUAUGGUGGGCGGACGAUCCAAUCUCAAGAAUGAGCAUCAUCACCUGGGUUUAGGGUUCCAAUCACCUUUGGCGUGGCUUCCGUUCGGAUUGAACGAAACAAAGUGGGCUCAAAGAUCUUAUCGAAAAUCACGGGAACUGUUGAAGGAAUUUAUUCGAGACUCACUUGCUAAAGCAUUGGAGAAGCAGCAGGAGGACAGUGAGCAAGACACUAGACGUACCUUUCAUUCGGUUGCGGCGGCGGCCGUGGCCAGCGGUCGAUACGAUGCGGACAGGGAGGAUUUGGUGAACGAUCUGCUGUCGUUGACGUUUGCAGGAUACGAUACGACGGCUCAUACGCUUGCGUUUUGCAUGUCAGAAUUGGCGCGACAUCCGGAAUUACAAGCCUCUUUAUUCGAACAAGUGAGACAAGUGCUUGGUCCGCCUCCCGUUGAACCAUCGUCGAUUACAGCAGAGAAGCUGGCCAAAAUGCCUUUGGUAACCGCUGUGUAUCGGGAAACAUUGCGUAAAUACCCUGCGGUGGCACUGAUCCCGGCCCACGUGAACCAUGACACGGUGGUGGAUGGUGUGAUGGUUCCUGCUGGGGCUGAAAUUUGGUGCAAUGUGCGUGGUUUACAAAUGAAUCCAGCCAUGUUUCCUGAUCCUAACAAGUUUGAUCCUACGCGCUGGUUACGUCCCGACGAUCUUGAUAAGGAAAACAGUUUUGAUAAUCUGACGCACGAUAGCCACACCAACCAAGCCGCUGUGACACCCGACCAACAAUACAAUUUCCCGGAUCUCUCUUUUACACUCGGAAACCACGCGUGCCUCGGUAAAAAUCUGGCCAUCCUUGAACUACGUACUGUGAUUGCAUGCACGGUCAAUCAAUUUACUUUGUCGUUGCAGAAAGGCAACGUGAUCGACACCAAAAUCGUAUUGACAACAAAACCACGCCACGGUGUUUGGGUUCACUUGACGGAAAGAGAGUAA